AUGGGAUUAACGUCAAAAUUGGAUAAAUUGAAGCUUAAGUCAGAUAAGGGUCAAAGUUCGAAUAGCAAUUCGGGCACAACGACACCCGUAGGCGAGGCAGCAACUGAAGGAGGCAUUCCGGAAGGGAACAAGCAUAGUGCAAAUGAUACUGACGAUAUAGACGAGAUUGAUAACGAGGGACAGUCGAUAUUGAUGGGGAUUAUUUCGCAGUUGAGACCAGGAUGUGAUUUAUCAAAAAUUACGCUUCCUACGUUUAUCUUGGAGAAGAAGUCGAUGCUAGAGAGAAUCACCAAUUUUUUCGAGAUUCCGGAUCUUUUGCUUGAGGCGGAUGCUACAGAUGACGAUUUGAUGAGGUUUGUGUUGAUAGUGAAAUGGUACUUGGCGUCGUGGCAUAUUGCGCCAAAGGCGGUCAAGAAGCCGUUGAAUCCAAUCUUGGGAGAGCUUUUUGCUUGCUACUGGGAUAACCUUCCAGAUAAUAGCACGGCGUAUUACAUAUCGGAACAGACAUCGCAUCAUCCACCCAAGUCGUCAUAUUUCUAUUUGGUGCCAGAACGUAAGAUUAGGGUUGAUGGGGUGGUUAUUCCGCAGUCGAAGUUUUUGGGUAACUCGUCCGCAGCCCUUAUGAAUGGAUGGGGACAUGUGCAGUUAGGAACCAGAGGCGAUGAAACUUAUAUAAUGAAUCAGCCAAACGUGUACUGUAGGGGUAUAUUAUUCGGCAAAUUGAGGUACGAAUUGGGAGAUCAGAUGGUGAUUAAGUGUCCUAAGACCGGCUUCGAAGCCAACAUCGAAUUCAAGACCAAGGGAUUCAUAAGUGGCACUUACGACGCCAUUGAAGGUACUAUAAAGAACACCAAUACUGGUGAAUCAUUAUAUUCUAUUACUGGUAAAUGGAAUGAGGUCAUGGAUAUAAAGAAUCUUGCCACUGGUAAGAAGGAAGUGCUUUUUGAUACUGCUACCACCAAGCUCUUUGAGCCAAAGACAAGACCAAUCGAAGAACAAUUGGAGUACGAAUCUCGUCGUUUAUGGGCACCAACUAUCAAGGCAUUGGGCAAGAGAGACCACGAACUUGCCACGAACGAAAAGGCCAAGGUUGAAGGCGAGCAACGUGUCAAAGCAAAGAAAAGACUCGAAGACGGCGUCGAAUUCCAUCCAAAGCUCUUCAGACCUGUUACGGAGAAGGAUAAUGGUGCGCAAGAUUUGGAAUAUGUCAUAUACAAGAGAUUCGACUUGGCGAGCGAUCCAGAGACUUUAAGACAAACUGUCUUCGAUACCAUGCCAAUAUUACCGGGCCAGGUUGACACCGAGUCGCUCCAAAUACCUGCCUUCAAAAAGAACUCUACCUCAUCCCCUGCAUCCCCCGAUGAUGCCCCACCUGCUGAUGCCCCUUUUGUUGACGCUUCCGACGCUCCUCCUUCUGACACUCCUCCUGUUUAG